GGCAGCAAAAGGCCCUCAAUUCGUCCCAGCUACCCAGUACGUCAGGCACCGGCAGCAGCCGCAAGUGACGAUGCCUGGCACCCUAGCCGCACAGCCGCCAGGCUUUCCGCCCAUGGUCGCCGCGGAGACGAGGGCAUUGACGUUAUCACAGCGCCUCCAUUCCAGACCUUUGAGGUCGUCCUGGGUUCCAGCAUCAACCAUGACGACAAGAAGCGAGAGCGUAGUAGCAUCCAGGUGCCGCCAGUGCCACACAACGGCCCACCUAUACCCUUCAGCAAGCUCACAUUGGGAUUAGAGAUGCCUCCUCCAGACGCAUUGGAUGCCCUUCCCCCUGGCUCUGUCCUCAUCCCACCCUCCCAUAUCAUCGGGCGACCCAAGCUGCCCAUAAUACAUAAUAAGAGGAAUGGGACUCCUGGUAUUGAGAUGCCCUUAGCAGAGUUUCUGCCGAACUUGCCCUUCUUCAGUAACAAGUCUCCAAGAUUCCGUCCUCCAGCUAAGCCCCAGGCACAGGACAUCCCACCAAGAUUGCCUUCCUUCCUGUCCUCCCUGCUGCCUAAUGCCCCUUCCCCCAGGCCUGUUAGACCUCCAGGACCUGUGAUGUCACCACCAAGAUCUUCAGGCAGCCUUGGAGGUUCAUCAGCUUUUCUUGACGUGAAUCGCCCCACAGGUCCUCCACCUCCCGUCUCCAAGUUAAUGCCGCCAGGACAGUGGGUGUCACCCUCUGUGCCUACGGUACCAGUUCCACAGUGGCCCUUCGAGCAGGAUAGUGCAAGUACCAGCAUUGCCAGACCUGGAAUUGUGUUAAGCGAUGUUCCCACAACAGUAUUUGGCUCUUUUCCCCACCCAAGCCAUCACGCCACCGAUAAUGUUCCACCUCUCCACGUCAGUGUAUCCCCAUCUCUGAAGGGGGCGACAAUUCUUAAAAAGCAGGAAAACCCAGCCUCUUACCAGCCUCCUCUGGUAGAUGUACAAAGCGAGAAAGAGGCCGAAAGCAGUGGAGGGGCAGGGAAUCAGCCAGUGGACUACACACCAAACAGGAGCGAGGGUCACAACUCGGAAAGCAGUGGCUUCAUCCCUGGCAUCACCCACGACCAACAACGCCCUUCAGAUUCUGCUUACGAUCCUGACCUCUCACCAGAGUACGUAAACUACUACGAUGUUGACUAUCGAGACUAUUACCAUAUUCAGACUGAAGGUUCCAGUGGUAGUGGCCAAAUAGAUUCAGGUGCCAAAAAACAGACUCACCAUCAUAAUUCUGCUGCAUCCAUGGAUGUUGUGGAUCUUCCCAUUAUUAUCACACCCACUACAACAUCUCCUAGAUUAAACAGCCAUCUUCAGGAAGGCCACAAAGGUGGUGACCCUAUGCUUGACCACCUCCCAAGUAUAGUCGACCUUGAUGGCCGUCAUACUAGCCUUGAUGACCUCCUGGGCGUCAGGAAGCCUGAAGUCCCUCCACUAACAUUGACAGAGCAAGAAAAAAACGACUUGCAAAUGUUGCUUCAAAACCACCGGAUGGCCUAUGCCCUGGCUGAAGGUAAUGGCACAGUAGCGAAGCUGUCGUCAAUACAGGGUGAUAGCAGUGUAGUAGAUGACCUGCCUGCUGCUUCAGUAGAUGAGGCCUCAUCUGCACCAGCCAGUUUCCAAGGAGAGCUGGCAACGUCAGACAACGGUCACUAUCAAGUGCCUCUGACAGGUUACCGCCGGGGCUCACAGGCGUCCCUACUUCCGGUUGAGCAUGAUGCUCACACAGUGUUUGGAGAACAUGGUGUUGAUGCAGUACUCGGGGGACAGGAUGUUGACACAGUUUUUGGGGAGCAUGAUCCCUCAGUAGCUCAUCUGUGGAAGAACAUCCAGCUCAUUCCUCUUGCUCCAGAUCUUUUUGAACAUGCUACCCAGGACUACGACGACACUAUGAACCUCACUUCACUGUUCGAUGGUGCCGUGCCGCUCUCCCCAGGUUCCAACCAAGAUCUUGAGCCAGACGGACACGACUUGGAUGGGGUUGCUAGUGACACUAGUGGCGGCCAUGUAACCAUGUCUGAAGAGGUGAUGGAAGACACGGACAAGGCUAAUGCCAAGUUCAUGGCCUAUGUGUUAAUUGGUGCAUGUUGUGGCCUGGCUUUGCUUUCCAUUGCUGGGGUCAUUGUCAUCGUGCGCUUCAAGAAGACUUGUGGGUCCCGCCAGAUCAAGACAAGAUCUCGCCUCACGGAGCAGGACUCCAUAGAGAGCAUUUCAAGACGUGUAGAGAACCUGACUCUUGGGGGAGAGUCUGGUCAUAAGCUGGGAUCGUGGUUUACUGGGCGUAACGAACAGUUUGGAGCUGGCAAGCUGCGCAGCAAUAUGGCUCUUCCGGAAGUGCAGGACCUCAAACGGGAGAAGAGUAGCAAGUCCGGAAGCACCAGGGACUUGCUUUCUAUCAGUUCCGAGUCUUCCCGAUCUAAUUCCCCGGGUGAAGUCCAGCGUGGCGAAGAAAGUGGGCGCACUGAUGAUGAGGAACCACGCAGCUCGUGGCUACACGACGAGUACCGCGCCUCUGGCAGUGAGGCGAGCCAGGAGGAGCAGGAUCAAGCAUACAGUCCACAGCAGUACCAACAGUCUCGUUCCAGUCCCGAUACAGUCACACCUAAGAGUCACCCCGCCGACCACCACAGUGUCCGACCAGAAUCAUCCGUCGAGGUUGAUCAUAUGGAACGAUCGGUGCGGGAGCGACGCUAUACGGGACAGCCUAGAUCAGACGACGACCAGCUGCAGCGAUCAGCCAGUCGUCGAGGCCCACGGUAUAUCUCGUCUAUGGACAGUGAUGAGUUAGAAGAACGAUUGGUAACUCGCGAUCCUCAUUACACAACUGACUCUGAGCUGGAUGACGGGACGACACAUUAUGACGAUGACGAUGAGUCCCGUGAGCCUAGUAGAUAUUUCAGCGACUCCCGGGAGCUAGACGACGUUGUGGCCUCCCGCAGGAUGGAUUUGGCCAUCAUGACUUCCCAGGAGCUGGGUGAACACUUGAGCCGCGAUCUCAAGCAAUACCAGUCCCGUAGGACGUCUAAGGUGCAGCAGCAGCAGGAAGAUAAUCGGGAUACCUCCCGCCUUCAUGAAUCGUCUCAAGAAGUUGAGGGAGAAGACGGGUCAAGGGAACUUCAACGCUCCCAGAGUCAAGUGUCAUUCAGUCGAGAUAAUGUUCAGAACGAAGUUUUCCUGGAGUUUGACAAUAUCUUCCGCCAACACGGACAGUAUCUCAACAGUGAGCCUGCGGCCUCCACCCUGGGUCGUGUCUCCCGGGGUACAGACGACACCCACGUCUCUGUAUCCCGUGCCAACACUCCUGAUUCAAUCGACCUACCCACAGAGUUCCUACAAGACCUCCGGGAUCAUGAUGACAGGGAGAGACUUCCGUCCUCGGCGCCCACUACGCCACCCAGAUUCUCUCCUCCUACUGCCCCGCCCCGCCCACCCAAACCUGGUCACCUGAGCCAGCCUGGAACCCCGUCCCCACAGGCAGGCCGAGCUCGGUCACCCUCACCGGGGCAGACGUCACCAUCAGCACGGAACAAACAGCGCCCCGUCUACUGGACUAAUGAGGAGGAACGACUCAUAUGACGGGACGCUGCGGGCCGAGGUGCCAAACCGUAACCACUAGGCACACUGUCACUACCGUCUUCACCCCGUUGGUGUGGACUGGUAGAGGCAGAAAAAGGCCCCGGCUCAAACUAAAGGAGCCGUGACCAGGUUACGGGAGGUAUCUAGGCCCGCGCUUGGUGCUUAACACAGUGAAGAACACCAGCUGCAGCACCAAGCAUGAUCACGCCUGCUCAUCAAAGCGACUACGUUAGUUAGUGCUGGAGUGGCAAUGCAUCGCCACGACGUUUCUACAAUCUUCCUGUGGCAACGACAUAUCCAGAGGCUGUGACGGACGCUGUUGAUAAUAUUGCUUUUCUUGGGGAAGGUAGUGGUUAAGGUUGUAGGAGGCGCAGCCGUUUUUACUGCCAGCGCACACGUACAGUCAACAUAUACAGAUCCGAGCGGACGCACAAGUGUGGAAAUAUGCACACUUCUUUAUCAGCAGUGGUGGCACCAAGGAAAGGGGUAGAGGAAUAGGGAGGUUUCAGAACCCCACUGAAAUUCCCUUAGCUCGCUAAAUAAAACUAACGCUGCCCGCCUCCCCUCCCCCCUCACGUUCAAACCAGUUAGUUAAUAAUGCACAGGUGGCACUGCUGCCCACUCGCACCAAGACGGGGAUACGUUCAGAAUUCAAGAGGGAUACCCGUUCAGAAUUCAGCAUCCCUCAUUUUUUCCUCGACCACCUCGUUGCUAAGCUUUUCACGACCUAUUUUUAUUUGCUUAUAGUUAAAUAUACGUUUUAAUACGAUUAGGCAAUCUGACUAAUGUAAAUCAACUUUAAAUAAAGAAAAUACUAUUUGAGGACAGUAGGAAGCCUUAAGAAAUUGGCGUUGAGCGCCAUGUCAAACAAUUUACGUAGUCAAAUGAAAAUUGGUUUGCCACCUGCAAUGGAAACUCGUACGGAUAGCUAAACUUAUUAGCUAUUAAAGAACAAAAAGGCACAAUACCGUGACUGGAACAAUACACAAAUAACCCGCCCAUAGGAAGAAAAACUUAUGAUGACGUUUCGGUCCGACUUGGACCAUUAACUAGUGUGACUAGUUAAUGGUCCUAGUAGGACCGAAACGUCGCCAUAAGCUUUUCGCCAAUGCGCAGGUUAUUUGUGUAUUAUUAGUUAUUGGUGUAAAGUGCGUGCGAGUCCUUGAUGUCCAGCUUCCAGUGUAGAAUUUCAGACACCAACACAAGGAACAUUAUUUGCAUGCCGGGAAUCUUUUCUUGACUAAGUGCGUGUGCGCUUGAAGUUCAGUACAUGUGGCUGUGCGACACCCGUUUUCGUAUCCUUAACUUCUCUUUAUAGCUAGUCAUUGACAACUUUGUCGUGUAACACUUGGGGAAAGUGUGGGGAACGGGUGGUGGGCCUUUGUUUAAUUUCCUAGUUGUGGUUGUUAGUGUUUCAUGUCCACGCAUUAAGUAUUGCAAGUGUGUUGGAAGGGGUUCUUCUCCAAAAGAGUUUCAUAAGAGCAUUCCGGAUGGAAUGCGCUAAUGAAACUCACAACAUGAACAUGUCAUUAUUGACAUGUUUAUGCUGUGAAUAGUUAAUGAAUAUUAGGGGUAGAGUGGCUUAUCACACUUAUCUGUUGAAUUAAGAUGAGUUACUUGUCUUUGUACAUUUCAUGAGAUGUGCAGAAAUUUCUACCAUUGUCUGAACAGAGGAAGGGAAGGUACUUUUCGGAAUUAGCUGGUGCUGGUGGCUGGGGAAUAGAUGACUACUACUCAUGGUGUCCACAACUUCGGGUUGCAUCCUUGACGCUAACGAAUAGAAGCCGAGGUAGUAUCGUGUUUACUAUUUGGGUUAAGCGCUCAGUGACUCCUAAGGAUUUAACGCUUCCCUUAGAUAUAAACGUAUUUGGGUUCCACGUCAUGAUAUGAAUAUCAUGCUUCGUGUCAACCAUAUGUUUUACUUCAGGUUAUCAGGACGCCACAAAAAAAAAAAAAUAACUAUAGUGUGGAUGAAUGAGGCUGCAUAUCUAUCGUGUGAUUUUUUUUAUAUUCGCCUAUAAUACUGAAUCAUUCCUCGAUAUCCACCUAUAAUGGUGAUUCAUUCCUCGAUACCUUCUCUGGCUGUAGCGUCAAGAUGCUCUUCUACCCUGUAUUAUUUAUUAUUAAAUAAAGUGCUAAGUCAGCUAAUGGAGUACCAUGUGAUUUUAUAACUAGUGGCAUUAUUAUGUAUAUUGGCUUGAGACCGCGGGUUCAGAUGAUAGUGUGAUGUGUGAGACUGUAAACCGGUCCUCUCAAUGUACUAGCAAUAUUAGUUUUAUUAAACUUUGUCAAACAAUUGUUUUAUG